AUGGCCAGUGAGAAAGUCCUGGGAAUGCAUUCAGCAAAUCUAAUAGAACUAGAAGCUUCUAACCUCAACUCAGCUAAACUCACAUCUCCUGUCAACGUGUCCUACAACUGCUGCUCUGGAAAAUUCUCCUCCCUCUCCCUUGGGGGCUACCUGCACUACCCAGGCUCCUCCUGUGGCUCUUCCUACCCCAGCAACCUGGUCUACGGCACUGACUUCUGCUCUCUCAGUAACUGCCAGCUGGGCUCCUCUCUCUACAGUGGCUGUCAGAGGACAUGCUGGGAGCCCACCAGAUACCAGGCACCCUGUGUGGUGUCCAGCCCCUGCCAGAGGUCCUGCUACCACCCAAGGAUCUCCACACUCUGGAGUCCCUGCCAGUCAACUUACGCUGGGUUUCUGGGCUCUGGGUCCAGCAGCUGCUGCUCCCUGGCGUAUGGAUCAAGAAGUUGCUAUUCAGGGUGCUGUGGAUCCAGUGGCUUUAGCCCUCCGAGUUUUGGAGUGCAUGGCUUCUCUUCCCUGACCUAUGGAUCCAGAUUCUGCCGCCCAACCUACUUGCCUUCUAGGAGCUGCGAAACUUCUUGUUACCAACGAACCUGUAGAUCUAGUUUCUACUACUGA